AUGGCUGACGCAAGAAACGUCAAUGAGGAUGAUGACCCGGCCCGUCAAGAAGCCUUUAACAACAGGGUCACUGAGGUGGCGGAAGGGGUUAUGCAAGCCCAUCUUCCGCGAUUAGCUCAAGAGGUAGAAAGCCGAGUUUUGGGAGUCGUAGACACUAUGAUGACUAGCAAGAUCGAGGAAUUGAAAGAACUGAUUGAGGGGUCUAGAAGUAAAGGCAAGGAACGACGAUGCACGUAUAAAGACUUCAUGGCGUGCAAUCCUGCAACGUAUAAUGGUAGAAUUGAUCCGAUCGCAUGCCAAAGAUGGAUUUCAAACAUGGAGGCGGUGUUUAUACGAAGUCGGUGUGAUAGAGAAGAUCAAGUGAUGUUUGCUACGGGUCAACUCACCCUUCAGGCGAAAGAUUGGUGGGAUGCGCAUAGCAAGGAAAUAGGCGAAGAAAGGCUCCAAACGAUGACCUGGCAAGAGUUUAAGGAUCCUUUUAUGAAAUAUCACUGCCCUCAGUCAGCCAUUGAUAAGAUUCAAGAGGAUUUCUUACGCCCCCGACAGAAAAACGAAACGAUAAAUGAGAUAUCGAACAUUUUCUUGGAUAAGAUGAAGUUUUGUGGAGAGUUUGUGCAAACCGAAAGGAUGAAGAUUAAUCGCUUUUAUGGGGUAUUAAAGGCAGAAUUUAGGGAGUUCAUCACUCCCUCGAAGUGUGAGACUCUUGAUGAGCUAAUCAAUCUAGCGCGGGAUAGAGAAAUCGAAAUCAAGAGGCAAGAAGAACGUGGAGAAAAGCGGCCAAAUGAAAAAGGUGGAAGUUCGACCCCGACCAAAAAGGGGAAGUAUCAAGAGCAAGGAAGAAAAGAUAAGUCGAAGAGUGGUAUCACGCCGUGCAAGACUUGUGGAAAACUUCAUACGGGGGAAUGCUUGUUAGGCAAGAAAGGGUGUUAUAAAUGUGGUAAGGAAGGGCAUUCGUCUUAUCAGUGUCCAAACAACCCGAAGACUUGCUUCCAUUGUUUUGAAAAAGGGCAUGUUAAAUCGGAAUGCCCAAAACUUCAGCAAGAGUCAAAGAAAGAAGAUAAGAAGCAAGAGGGUUCUAGAGCGAAAGGGAGGAUGUUCCAAAUUACAUCCGAAGAAGCCAAGUCUCACCCGAAUGUGAUUUCAUGUAUCUUUUUACUAAACUCCAUACCGGUUUAUGUUCUAUUCGAUACUGGAGCUACCAUGUCAUUUAUUUCGAAUGAAAUUAUACAACAUCCGUCCUUUAAGAUCGAACGAAUGCCAAUGCCUCUAGAAGUAGAAAUAGCCGAUAGUAAGAUCUGA